ACUAUUUAAUCUUCAAAAAAACCCACCACUUUAUUUAAAUACCACACUCCCACCCUCUCUUUCCUUUCUCUCCACACACACCCUUCUAUUUUGUACUACUCUCUCUCUAGAAAAAAAGAAAAAUAUUUGAUCAUCAAGAAAAUUUCACACACUACACACACUAAACUUUAAGAUGGCUAUUAGAAAAUACAGCGGCGGCAAACUGUCGCAGAAGGCAAUGAUAAAGCAGAUUAUGAAGCGGUGCUCGAGUUUAGGCAAGAAGAACGGCGGCGGCGGAUACGACGACGGCGGCAGCGAACAAGGGCUGCCGGUGGAUGUACCGAAGGGGCACUUCGUGGUGUAUGUGGGCGAGAAUCGGACCAGAUACAUCGUGCCGAUAUCAAUCUUGAACAUGCCGGAGUUCUUGAGCCUGCUCCGGCGAGCGGAGGAGGAGUUUGGGUUCGAUCACGAUAUGGGACUCACUAUUCCUUGCGAUGAAGAGAUUUUUCAGUCUCUUACAUCAAUGCUCAAGAUGUAAUAAUUAAUUAAUUAUUAUUAAUAUUUUACUUUUAAAUUAUUCCUUUUUUGGGAUUAAUUUUUUUUUUUUUAAAUUUAAUGGCUGACUAGUGAGAAACCCAUAUGGUGGUUGAUGAUAUU